AUGUCGAAUCACGAGUGGACGAACGCUGCAACUUGGGACGCUACCAUCAGGGCGCACACAAACAUCGAACAGACCAAUGAAGCCGAUGAGUGGAAGAUUGUGACAGGGUCUCGGCCUCGUGGCAGUCGCACCAAUGCACAACCUGUACCUCACUCAGGCUCACGGAAAGGAGUGCCCGCAAGCUCGCGGAAUACACCGAUCCUGUACUCGCGAAAAAAGCAACCGGCCGAUCGCGGCCAAUCGCAGGCGCCUGCGGGUCGCCAAAUCUCAAGACAGCAGCGUGUCCAAUCAGGGAUCAUCGAGCAGGACUUGAUUUUGCUUGAUGACCCAGUGGCUACAGCGGAAACAGAAUGGCGUUUACGCAAAGCACCUGUGGCUCGCAUCAAUUUGCCGAUUGAUAUCGCUCUUCGAGAUAAGAAAUAUGAAGAGUUGGCCCGAGAGCAAGGCACAUUUAUUCACACCCUCACCGAUUGUCGUCCGGGGAAUCGGCAUGUCGAAUUUGGCAUCUGGGGGGACCCCUCAAAGGCUGCAGCAGCCAGACAGAGGAUACUCCAUUUGAUCAAUGCAAGUACUAGGCCGUCCAGGGAUCCCAGGAGGGCUGGAUCCGGGGCUCUAUCCUUUUCCAAAAUCGCGUCUUUGACGCCCGAACUUCGAGUAGAAUCAGAGAACAAUUGGCGAAGGGAUGUUCAAAAGGAGAAGUUUCGGCAACAUCCACCCCUGGACAUGGCCCAUGACUCGAUCGGUCACUUCCAUUGGCCAAACGAUGGAGACCUCAGACCUGACGAAGUCAUGGGCAAGACUUACGAAGCACUCGAUCCCAUUCGCAUGGAGUGCAAAUGCUACAUCGUCUGGAUCGAUGACACGUCUACCUUUGGUGUCAUGGGUGAUCUCGAGCAAGUCAAGCGUGCGUUGCAUCGCAUCCGCAUGGCCUACUUCCAAAUCGCUGCUCAAUCAGUCAUACCUGUGCACUUGCACGUCCUUCGUGUACAAGAAGGUGCACGCUUGUCCUUACGAGUCAAGCGCGAGCCUUAUCGCGGCCAGACAUCCCUUGUCUCCAAUGGUGACAUGCUGCCUCCAUACUUGGUGGCCCCACAAGCACGUGGCCGAUACUGCUCUGAAGAGAAGCUGCAGACCGUUCGGAAGCAGGCGGGGAUCCAUGAAUUGCAGAUCAAACACAUCAUGACUGGACUCAGGCAGCUCCAUUACUAUCGAGGACAAAUAAAGUUACGCUUCCGGCUAGGCAGGCUCAUGCUCGAGCAGGCAUGGCUCCCAAAAAGCAAGAAUAGUUAUUCGCUUGAAGAGUACCUGACUAUGACCAAGGAGUCACAAUUCAAAGCGAGAGUCACGGACGAGAUUGGGGACUGGAUGCUGGAAAGCAAGCUGCUGGAAGUAAUGCUUCGAGCGAAUCAUUUGUUGAUGCCACCGGGAAGUUUACACAAAUCUCUAUCAGAAGUCCGGCCGACCUAUCAUGCCAGAUUCACUUUUCAAGAUAAGGCAGGCGAUCUCUGCCUAUGCAUGUCAUGGUCAGAGCACUUCGACAACCAACGGAAGACAUCUUCUGUAUCCUCCGGGUCUGUGACGUGGACCAGACUACCUGUGGGUGCAUCACGACCAAGUAUGCUCAUGAACAUGAGUUUGCUCGACUUGAAAAGCGGUCUCGCUUGGGCCAUCGAAUUGACUGGCAGCCGGGCUGUUGAUGAGAAACGUCUGCCGCCCAAGCUGGCAAACUUCCCGAACGAGGUCUCGAUAGAUGCGCAGAUCAUGUCCAGCGCCCGCGAGACCGAUCAGCGCUUCCUUCGGUACCCGGUGAUUUCCGGACUGAAGCACGUCCGUCAGAUGAUCACAUAUGAAUUCGACAUUACGAGGACCGAAUAUACUCUCGACGUCACGAAAUUCAACGACACGAUGUAUGAUGCAAGUCAGCCCCUGCAAACACCCACGCUCUCCAAGGACGCAUGGUCCCUCAGCCUCGACUGUGUCGCCUGGAAGACGAAUUUCGCAAUGAACGAGUCCUUACCGAUCGGCGAGCGGGCAGAUUGGGACGAUGAUUUCUCAAAGUGGUUCGCCAAGGAUAUGGGCACUGCUGAUGAUGAUGACGACGACGACGACGAGGAGGAGCCCGAUGGAUUCCUACAGUUGUUGGCGAAGCUGAACGAGAUCGAAGCCCUCGUUCGCGAUGGCAACGUAGAAUGA